CCAAGGAAAGCAAGGGAAGAAGCUUCAUCUUAACAUGGAAACUAUGAACCCUUGCACAAUGUUUGUAAUGUCCUACUCUGAUACUACUUGUAAGGGAAGGUUCUUUUUUUAGGCCAGAGGGAUCUAGAAUAGCUAAGCAUGUCAUUGUGAUGUCAUGCAUUAGACUUUAUGCUUUGAGAUACUGCCCUAAUGUGACACCAGCAGUAUGUCUGAUAUACUGUAGAUAUUAUAUAUGUAAAUAUUACAUACAAUUCUAAUACAACCUGCAAUCUGAAUAAACACACAUUUUGGCAGAAAGAGGUAAAUUAGCACAAGCGAGUCAAGAAUAACUGUAAGAAGGGGAAUCAAAGCCAAUAGUUUAACUGAUAACGCAAACAGUACCAUCGUCAUGGAUUUCGAUUCCCACACAAACCAAUAAAAGUACCACAAGAAUGGAGCCACGAUGCUGUUCAACAUGAUUGGCAAAUGCAGGUGACCGGCAGAUAAAUUUAGAAAUUGAUAUGAGGCUGUCACUCAGGCUGCCAGGGACACCAGUGCCAAGGACUUAUUGUCAUAACUCGAGUCCUCCUGCCUGUUGUCUCUGACAUUCCUCCCCUAUUUAUAGUCCAUACCAUCCUAAAGCCCACUCUUAAUCCUUUUCCCCAUCCCUCCUUUCUCUCCCAGAUGGAAAAGGGGAGUGACAAAAGGCUUUGUCUUUUCUGAGCCAUCCAUUCCAGCCUUAAAGGCCAAGACAGGUGGCCCCGGAACUCUUCGUCCUGUGUCUGCCGUGGUAAGAAGAGCGCCGGGUGAUAGGACUUUAGUGCUGGAUUACCGGUGAGAAGAGCACAGGGAAUUUUGAAAGAAAACCAGGACAGCCAUGGAUGAUGUAUAUAAAGCAGCGGUAGAGAACUUAACAGAAGAACAGAAAAAUGAGUUCCGCGCUGCGUUUGACAUCUUCGUGCAGGAUGCUGAGGAUGGCUGCAUCAGCACUAAAGAGCUGGGGAAGGUCAUGAGGAUGUUGGGCCAGAACCCCACCCAAGAAGAGUUGCAGGAAAUGGUGGAUGAAGUAGAUGAGGAUGGAAGCGGGACUGUGGACUUUGAUGAGUUCUUGGUGAUGAUGGUGCGCUGUAUGAAAGAGGAGAGCAAAGGGAAAUCAGAAGAGGAGUUAGCGGAAGUCUUCCGCAUGUUUGAUAAGAAUGGAGAUGGCUAUAUUGAUUUAGACGAGCUGAAGAACAUGCUGGAGUCAACAGGCGAGGCCAUUACCGAGGACGACAUCGAGGAACUCAUGAAGGACGGAGAUAAAAACAACGACGGCAAGAUCGAUUACGAUGAGUUCUUGGAAUUCAUGAAGGGUGUGGAGUAAAAUCCGUCUCGACAGACCGCAAGAAAAACCUACGUUGUAUUCCCAGACCCAAAUCUGUGACGUCACCGCACGGCCGCCACACGGACCUUCGGAUUAUGUGUGAUCGUUCAUGUUCUAAAAUUUGUUUGUUAUACUGUAAAUGGUAUCAUAACCUACUUUCAAAAACGACAAUAUUAUUUGUGCACAAUAAAAACAUUUUCUGUAGUA